AUGAAUAAAUAUCUAGCUAUUAUUUUAAUAAGCAUAGCCGUUCUUAGCACUUAAGGAGUUUGGGCAUUCAAUUUAAGAGAUAGUAGACUUUCUGAUUUGGAUCAAUGCUUCAAUAACGUGAAGAAUACUUUCUAAGAUUUGGAAAAUAUAAUCAAGGAUAUCAAAGAAUUAGAUUUUAAGAAAGCAUUCUAAUAGCUUGGAGAUUUGGUGAAAGUUCUAGACAAAGCUAUUGAAAAAUGCGCUGAUGCCACAUGCUGGAUGACUGGCGAAAAGAGAUGCUAGAAUGAUAACUCUAGCCAAUGCGAAAAAUGGGGUCUUAUUUGGUAUCCUAAAUGUAAAUAAGGAUAUCAUCCUUUUGGCUGUUGCAUUUGUGCUUAAGAUUGUCCUUCUGGUUUUAGAGAUGAUGGUCUUUAUUGUGCAAAGCCUGAAGCAUAUGGCAGAGGUGUUGGUUACCCUUGGAAAUUUGGAGAUGGAUUCAAUCUUAACAAUGCCAAUUCUAGAUGCUUACAUGAUCAUCCAUCAGGUUGUGAACAAUCAGGAGCAAUAAUUUAUCCUAAAUGUGCUCAGAACUUCCACAGUGUUGGGUGCUGUGUUUGCUCCCCUAAUUGCCCAUCUGAAAUGACUGAUAUUGGUGUAUCUUGCUAAAAACUAUCGUAUGGAAGAGGAGUCGGAUAUGUAAAUGGAAGAUGCAUUGAAGAGAAUUGGAACAAUUAUACUCCAAUUGAGAAAUUUGGAAAAUGCAUAGAUCAAGCCAAAUAAAUUGCUUAAGACAUUUAAGAUUUAAUCUCCUCUUUAAAACCUUAAAAUGACGAUGAAAAAUGGAAAACUUUAAAGUUAGCCUAUCAGCUCUUAUAACACACUAAUCCUUUCUUGGUUCAUUGCAUUGAUCCAUUAGUUAAGGAAAUCGAAGAAAUUAACUCUUAAUGA